CGCGGAACGAGAGCCGCGAGCAGAAGGCGAGGAACAGAGGAGCCUGCAGGUGCCCGGAGCGGACCAGAAAACCAUGGCGUCUGGCAGCAGUGCCGCCUGUGAGGAGGAGCGCAGCCUCCGGGAGUGCGAGCUCUACGUCCAGAAGCACAACAUCCAGGCCCUGCUCAAAGAUUCUAUCGUGCAGUUGUGCACUGCCCGGCCCGAGAGGCCCAUGGCCUUCCUCAGGGAGUACUUUGAGAGACUGGAGAAGGAGGAGGCAAAACAAAUUCAGAAUCUGCAGAAAGCAAGCAGUCGUGCUGACUCGAGGGAGGAUGAGAUUUCUCCUCCUCCCCCCAACCCCGUGGUUAAGGGCCGGAGGCGACGGGGUGCUAUCAGCGCCGAAGUCUAUACGGAGGAAGACGCGGCGUCCUAUGUCAGAAAGGUUAUACCGAAAGAUUAUAAGACAAUGGCUGCUUUAGCCAAAGCCAUUGAAAAGAAUGUGCUGUUUUCACAUCUGGAUGAUAACGAGAGGAGUGAUAUCUUUGAUGCCAUGUUUCCGGUUUCCUUUAUUGCUGGAGAGACGGUUAUUCAGCAAGGUGACGAAGGUGAUAACUUCUAUGUGAUCGAUCAAGGAGAGAUGGAUGUCUAUGUCAACAAUGAAUGGGCCACCAGUGUUGGCGAAGGAGGGAGCUUUGGAGAACUUGCUUUGAUUUAUGGAACACCGAGAGCAGCCACUGUCAAAGCAAAAACCAAUGUGAAAUUGUGGGGUAUCGACCGCGACAGCUAUAGGAGAAUCCUUAUGGGAAGCACACUGAGAAAGCGGAAGAUGUAUGAGGAAUUCCUCAGUAAGGUGUCUAUUCUAGAAUCUCUGGACAAAUGGGAACGUCUCACUGUAGCUGAUGCAUUGGAACCAGUCCAGUUUGAAGAUGGGCAGAAGAUUGUGGUGCAGGGAGAACCAGGGGAUGAGUUCUUCAUUAUUUUAGAGGGUUCUGCUGCUGUGCUGCAGCGUCGGUCAGAAAACGAAGAGUUCGUGGAAGUGGGAAGAUUGGGGCCUUCUGAUUACUUCGGUGAAAUCGCUCUGCUGAUGAAUCGCCCUCGUGCUGCCACGGUGGUUGCGCGUGGCCCUUUGAAGUGCGUUAAGCUGGACCGACCUAGAUUCGAACGUGUUCUCGGCCCGUGCUCAGAUAUCCUCAAACGGAACAUCCAGCAGUACAACAGUUUCGUGUCACUCUCUGUCUGAAAUCUGCCUCCUGUGCCUCCCUCUCUCCUGUCCCCGUCCAUGCUUCCCUCACGCAGACUGCUUUAUUUUCCCUAUUUACAGCACCACGUGGCCACUGGCAUCGCAGCUUCUUGUCUGUUUAUAUUAAAAGUUGCUUUCAUUGCACCGUUUUUAAUUUGGAGCAUUAACUGAAUGCUCGUAACAGUUAAAUAAAUAGAGAGCGUUCUCUGGA